CCGACAUUACAGCCGCUCCCUGCGGGUCAGAGCCGCAGACCGCCGGUGUGAAGUCAGCCGGAGACCCGGGAGGAGCAGCCGCAGACACCGGACCACACCACAGGACGGAACCACGACCCCCGACACACGGCAGUCAGUCCUGUUCUUCGCCCCGAGGCUCCAGAGGAGGAAACGCCCCGGGAGCAGCAGCUGCCAGCCGGUGCCAGCCUCAGCGGGUACACCUCGCCCCCCCGACACCACACACACACCCCGGCCCGCCGACACACUCCUGUGGGAGCGGCCCGCGCUCCCUCACGCAGCAGCAGCAGUCAGGCCGCAGCUAAACCCCCUUCAUAAUCCUCUAAAGAGCUUUAGCGGGCUAAGUUUGGCCCGGGACGGUGGCAGGUGCGCACCAAGGGGAGGAAGGGCGUCGCCGUCGCUCCCCGUCUGGAGGAGCCUCAAACAGAGCAGCUACACGCUGAAGGGACUACUUUCUCUUGCCUGCUGUUCCACGUCCCGCCAGCGUCCAACAUGAUGCAGAUAUCUGAUUCCUACAACCAGAAGAACUCGCUCUUCAACGCCAUGAACCGCUUCAUCGGCGCCGUCAACAACAUGGACCAGACGGUGAUGGUGCCCAGCCUGCUGCGGGACGUCCCGCUGGAAGAGCACGACGAGCUCAAGACGCCGCAGACGGACAACAGCGGCGGCGGUGGCGGCGGCGGCGGCACGCCCGGCUACUUCCAGGACGGCGACAUGUACGGCUCGUACAUGCUGCUCAAGUCCAUCCGCAACGACAUCGAGUGGGGCGUCCUGCAGGGCGAGGAGCGGCGGCGGGACAAGGCGGGCGUGACGCCGGCCGAGGUGGACGAGGACGACCUGGAGAAGCAGUUUCACUACCACCUGAACGGACUGCACGCCGUGCUCACACAGCUCACCCGCAAGGCCAACACGCUCACCAACCGCUACAAGGAGGAGAUCGGCAUCCGGGGCUGCGGCAACUGAGGCCGCUAAAGGGACAGUUCACCCAAAACGCACACACAUAAAAAAAAGAUACUCCCCCUCCAUCCGCCGCCGUCUGUCAGACAGUUUCUGUGCGAUUUGAGAGUUUCCCCUCCGUCACCCCGACUCAGCAGGGAGGACAGCCCACAUACCCCUUAGGGAACUAUUUUCCACCAAAGAACACCUGCAAACGUAUCAAUCCGCCCCCCAAAAAUGUGUCAAGUUGAGGUGAGCAGAUGUAAAUACUAGAUAGAAAAAAGUACUCGCUACAAAUAGAAUCAGAAUGUUUAUAAUUAAGGUCAAAUUAAAUAAAUGAAUAAAUCAAAUAGCAGGACAGGAGGCUGGAAACUUCAAACUGCACUCAAACUGUCUGGCUGGGCGUACGUGCGGCGCCGGCGGGCGGGGCGUGCUGCGGGGCGAGCAGCGGCGCCAGGACACGAGGACGGCCCGGAGAAAGGGACAGUUCACACAAAACAGGACAUUUCCCCCCUGUAGUGUCUGUCUGGGUUUCGGUGUGACUUGGUGGGGUUUCCACUCUGCGGCCCCUCUAGGCUUUCAUGCUGGCGUUCACAUUCCAGCUCGGAACUCAGGAUUCCCAGCCUCCCACUGCAAAGAAAAGCACCCACUCCACUCAGAAUCCCUGGUCAGGAGUGGAAACUUCACCAGGUCGCCCUGAAACUGUCCAGAUGGACGAGUCACACCAGCAGGAGGCGGGGGAAAUGUGGUUUUUUUUUUUGUUUUUUUUUGGUGAAUUGCCCCUUUAAAUCUCACACGUCCAUGACGGACGGGGGGCGGAGUUAUUUCGGCAGGACUGGGGUUUGGCCGCCGGGCACCUGGCCAGCAGACGGGGGUUCCUGCAGGUGUGCCGGCGGUGUGUUUGGGUCUUUUCUCGAUGGUGUGUGUUUUCAUCCUGUUGCUCUUUUUCUAUUUUCUCGUUUGCGCUCUGGGUCAGGGUUCGGUUCCUCUUCCUGUUUCUUCACACUUUUAUUUUUUUAAAGCUAUGCAACCGGCGCCGGGCGAGGGGGCGCCGUGCGGGCGGGGGGGGGGGGCGCCGGGCGGCUUGAAGAGAAAUCCUUACGGCUGCAGACUCGGCCCUUCAGGAAGCAGCCGGCGCGUCAGCAUCCUCUGGGCGGUUUCCUUGAAUCUGAUUGGCUGAUGGAGGCUGUUGCCGGGCGACACUGACCCGCAGCGAGUCAGUGUGUCAGACUCGGCGGUGAUGCCUUUGAUGUCGGCUCAGGUCGUACGCCGCCCGGGUGCUGUCCGUCACGCCUCACAAACAUUCAGUAACAACAAUAAUAAUGUAAUAAUAAUAAUAAUAAUAAUAUUAAUGUUGACGUGCGCGGCGAGUCACGUCAUGACGUCACAAACAUUUAGGCUGCGGCGCCGCUUAGCCUUUCAAAAUAAAACCUCCCUGUUUCAUUUUCAACCCGAGUUUCAGAAUCCAGGCUUUAACGCUGCGUUCAGUGACAGUCGGGAAAAACAAACGCUCCGUCAGGCUCCUGGUGGCCGAGGUCGGUGCGGCAGUCCAGGAUCCUGACAGCCCAUAUUUAUUUAUUUAUUUAUUUACAGUAAAUUUGAAAAGUUGCCGUUUCAAAAGUCUUGAAU